AUGAGUGCGGCGCGGCAUGGCGCAGACGCGAGGGCGCCGGCUGGUGUGCCGGUGGCGCCAGCGCGGGAUCGUGCCGCCGUAGAAGAACUGCCGGGUCCCGCCUUUGCCUCCAGCAGCGGGGGGCUCUCGGGGGCACUCAUGUCUCUCGUCAUCCUCGCUCUCUUCCUCAUUUUCAUCGUGACCAUGACGGCCCGGUACCUGCGCGCCGGCCAGCCAGCAGCGGUGCCGCAGCCUGCGACGGCUCCUGCGUACAGCCGGAACAAUGGAACCGCGGAACGGGAACUGCGGAGCAUCAACGCAACCGCGUGGCCCGAACAGGAGGAAGCGGAGCCUGCUUUCACGGCCGCGGGGAACCUGACGCUGAUCGAAGCCGCGCUGCAGCCGGCGUCUCCCACCAACCGAAGCAGCUAGCCAAGCCGCUCGCGACCGUGGUCGAAGGACUGCAUAGAGGCUUGGACUGGAUCGCAGCCUACUUCGGCGUGCACAUGCGCAAGAAGCCGCACAUCGACUAGCACGCUAAUCGAAAGAAUCCAUCGUCGUGUCGGUAUUGCAGAUUCCGCAGCGAUCGCUAGAGACUGUGCCUCCUCGCUUUUCUUCUCUCCUACCCUUGCAUGUGUUUUCUCCCCUCUUUUUAUUUAGUACUGAAACACAUCACUCCAAAAGUCGCCUUGCUGUUAGUUGUUCACGUGUUCACGAUGCCUAACCAUGCCGUAGUUUUUCAACUCCUCUCGUAUCCUUCCCUUUACACUUUUUUUUACAACUUCCUCUUCUGUUUUUUUCUCUUAUUGAACAUAACUCGCGCAGUCGCCUCAGCUGUCGGCAGUUUAGGUGUUUGGCUUUGAAGAGGCUUUUAGAGCCUAAGCUAAGCUAAGCGUAAGAAGAGCCUAAGAAAUUAGGCUAUGAAGAGGCAAGUAGAAGCAGGGCCCUCGCUUGGACGGGCGAGGGCAUGGCCAAAUAGCUUCACAUGAACUAGCGGCAUGAUCCGAUUCAAGUCCUCUAGCCCUGAUUCUCAACAAUAACUUUUUUUUUUCCUUAGCUGGCUAUAUGCACAUCCUGCGAUGUGUCCUUGACUGUUGAUUGUUAACGUGACAGUGGUUUUCUCGGAGCAUUUUCUUCUUUUUUACCUGUGUGCGUUUUGGUUUUUCUUUUCGAUUUUUUUUUCCCUUCGUGGUUGGUCUGGUGUCCGUGGUUCGUUUUCAUAAAGAAUUCAUUCAUGUCUACACAAUA